AUGCCACUUCACAUCAGCCCAAAGGGCUUUGAAGAAAGACGGAUGACACCAAAUGCUGGUGAAGAUGUGGAAAAAGUGGAGCUCUCAUACACUGGUGGAUUUGAAAAGCAAACAGAACUAGAGCCAAGGGUGGAGAAACUGAGGCUGACUGAUGGCCAGGCUGCUGAGACGUCUAAUCCUCUUGGCUAUUCCACCGGUCUCGUUCAACUUGCACAGGCUUCAACUUCCAAACACUGCUGGGAGUUGGAGGGGGUCCUCACACGCCUUCCCUCUGUUUCUCAAACCCUUCUGGGCUCCUUCCCGCCCGCCACGAGUCGGCACUCCCCAGUGGCGCGGACAGGUGCAGCGCAGCGAGCCGCCUCCCGCCCCCAGCACGCGACCCCGCACCCUCUCCCCAAGCCGGCCGCGCCCUCACCGCUCCGCCCCCAAUCCCGGCGCGCGCGCGCACACCGGCGGGGGCGCGCCCGCCCGGCGGGGCCGCGCACGCAGCUGCCGCCGCCACCGCCUCCUUCCCUCCCUGCAGGCCCUCCUCCCCUGCCCUCCCCUCCGCCCCCUUCCCCGUAG